GGGCAUAAAUGGCCGGGGGGGCGGCCGAGCUCAGCGCCAUGCAGGUCCCCAGCCCCAGCGCGCGCGAGGCCGCCUCCAUGUACGGCACCGCGGUGGCCGUCUUCCUGGUCAUCCUGGUGGCCGCGCUGCAGGGCUCGGUGCCCCCCGAGAGCCCCUUGCCCUACCGCAUCCCCCUGGACCCCGAGGGGACCCUGGAGCUUUCCUGGAACGUCAGCUACGCGCAGGAGACGGUGUACUUCCGGCUCCUGGUGCGGGGGCUCCGGGCGGGGGUGCUCUUCGGGAUGUCGGACCGCGGCGCACUGCAGGGCGCCGACCUGGUCGUGCUCUGGACCGACGGGGACAGCGCCUAUUUCGGGGACGCCUGGAGUGACCAGAAGGGGCAGAUUCACCUGGACGCCCAGCAGGACUACGAGCUGCUGCAGGCCCAGAGGACCCCCGAGGGCCUGACCCUGCUCUUCAGGAGGCCCUUUAGCACCUGCGACCCCCGGGACUACCUCAUUGAGGACGGCACCGUGCACCUGGUGUACGGCAUCCUGGAGCGGCCGUUCCCAUCGCUGGAGGCCAUCAACGCCUCGGGCCUGCGGACGGGGCUGCAGAGGGUGCAGCUGCUGAAGCCCAACAUCUCAGUGCCGGCGCUGCCCGCGGACACGCGCACCCUGGAGGUCCGCGCCCCCGACAUCCUCAUACCGGGCCAGGAGACCACGUACUGGUGCCACGUGGCCGAGCUCCCCGUCGGCUUCUCCCGGCACCACAUCGUCAUGUAUGAGCCCAUCGUCACCGAGGGCAACGAGGCCUUGGUGCACCACAUGGAGGUCUUCCAGUGCGCGGCCACGUUCGAGAGCUUCCCCCACUUCAGCGGGCCCUGUGACUCCAAGAUGAAGCCCGACCGGCUCAACUACUGCCGCCACGUGCUGGCCGCCUGGGCCCUGGGUGCCAAGGCCUUUUACUACCCAGAGGAAGCGGGCCUUGCGUUCGGGGGCUCCGGGUCCUCCCGGUUUCUCCGCCUGGAAGUUCACUACCACAACCCGCUGCAGAUACAAGGCCGGCGCGACUCCUCGGGCAUCCGCCUGCACUACACGGCCAGCCUGCGGCGCUUCGACGCGGGCGUCCUGGAGCUGGGCCUGGUGUACACGCCCCUGAUGGCCGUCCCGCCCCGGGAGGCGGCCUUCGUCCUCCGCGGCUACUGCACGGACAAGUGCACCCAGCUGGCCCUGCCUCCCUCCGGGAUACACAUCUUUGCCUCCCAGCUGCACACACACCUGACGGGGAGAAAGGUGGUCACCGUGCUGGCCCGGGACGGCCGCGAGAGGGCCAUCGUGAACAGGGACAACCACUACAGCCCUCACUUCCAGGAGAUCCGCAUGCUGAAGGAGAUCGUGACUGUGCUCCCGGGGGACUUGCUUAUCACAUCCUGCACCUACAACACGGAAGACAGGACGCUGGCCACUGUGGGCGGCUUCGGCAUCCUGGAGGAGAUGUGCGUCAACUACGUGCACUACUACCCCCGGACGCAGCUGGAGCUCUGCAAGAGCGCGGUGGACCCCGGCUUCCUGCAGAAGUAUUUCCACCUGGUGAACAGUUUCAACAGCGAGGAGGUCUGCACCUGUCCCCAGGCCUCUGUCCCCGAGCAGUUCGCCGCGGUGCCCUGGAACUCCUUCAGCCGGGACACGCUCAGGGCCCUGUAUGGCUUCGCCCCGCUCUCCGUCCACUGCAACAAGUCCUCCGCCAGCCGCUUCCCGGGCGAGUGGGAGCUGCAGCCCCUGCCGGAGAUCACCGCCCGGCUGCCGGAGCCCGCCCCUCGGUGCCUGGCCGGCCCCCGCCCGGGCCCCGCCGGCCCCACCGUGGUCCGCAUCGGUGGGGGCCGAGGCUGA